AUAUAUGCUGGAAAUUCAAACACCGAACAAGGAAUGCAGUAGCACUCACCGAAAAGUACCUUUCUUGCCCGGAAACCUUUCUUCCCCUGAAUCUUCACCAUGAAAUGUUCUUUCUCCUCCUUUCCUGCUUUCUCCCAGUCCCGUCAUGAAAGCCAAAGAAGCCCCGCCGAACAAUGCAAAAAACCUAUAAAAUUCCCCUCUAUCCAUUCCCACUACAUCCAAGGCUUUUAAUUUCGUCAGCUCUUUCUGUCGGUUCAAGGCUGAAGCUUAGAAAAUGGCGGCCUCGCUUAGCUUCAAGAGAUCCGAUAGCGUCGCCGAGAGCAUGCCAGAGGCUCUCAGGCAGAGCAGAUACCAGAUGAAGCGUUGCUUUGCAAGUUACGUCUCCAAGGGGAAGAGACUGAUGAAAAACCAGCAGGUGUUGGAGGAGCUAGAGAAAUCAAUGGAUGACAAGGUUGAAAAGACUAAGCUCAUGGAAGGUCUACUUGGCUACAUCAUUUUCUCCACCCAGGAGGCGGUGGUUCUACCGCCAUUUAUGGCGUUUGCAGUUAGGCCUCAUCCAGGCAUCUGGGAGUAUGUGAAGGUGAACUCGAAUGACUUGUCCGUUGAUGGAAUAACAGCUGCUGAAUACUUGAAGUUAAAAGAACUGAUUUUUGACGAGAAAUGGGCAAUGGAUGAUAAUGCACUGGAAGUAGAUUUUGGAGCAUUUGAUCAAUCAACACCUCACCUCACAUUGCCCUCAUCUAUAGGAAAUGGUACACAGUUCUUGGCAAGAUUCUUAUCAUCCAAACUCAAUGAGAAUUCUGAAAGCAUGAAGCCAUUGCUGGACUAUUUGCUAGCUCUGAAUUACCGGGGAGAAAAUCUUAUGAUCAAUAGCACAAUCAACACUGUGAACAAGCUUCAGACGGCGCUUCUUUUGGGGAAAGCUGAUGUUCUUGGCUUGCCAGAUACUGGUGGUCAGGUAUAG